UAUAAGUUGGAGACAACAAAUUUUAUGAAGUGAAAGCAGUUGUAAUAAUUUUUGGAAUGAUGGGUUGGGAAGUUCCAAAAAUAGGGUUGAGGAAAGGUCCUUGGACUCCUCAAGAAGAUAAGCUGCUUACUGAAUAUGUUAACAUGCAUGGAGAAGGAAGAUGGAGUUCAGUAGCUAGGUCUUCAGGUUUGAAUAGGAGUGGGAAGAGUUGCAGGCUUAGGUGGGUGAAUUAUCUAAGGCCAGGUCUUAAAAGAGGUCAAAUAACACCUCAAGAGGAAGGCAUCAUUAUUGAAUUGCAUGCACUUUGGGGUAACAAAUGGUCCACAAUUGCUAGGUACUUGCCGGGGAGAACAGAUAAUGAGAUCAAGAACUAUUGGAGAACCCAUUAUAAGAAGAAGGAAAAAUCAACUCUGAAGCAACAAAAAAGAAAAGCUGAAAUUCUGAAGCUAAAACAACAGCAGCAGCAGGAAAAACCAGAUAAAGAUGAAGGUGAAGAUGGCAAAGUAAAUAGUGAAGCAGUAGAGAUCACUAAUCAUCAAUCAGAAGGGAAACAGCAGAUGGUUUUUAUGUACCCUAGUUCAGAGGAUCAGUGCUUGGCUAUGAUGUCUCAAGAGCCUGCUAAUGCUGCUUCUUGGAUAGAUCAGUAUCUUGUAGAUGAAGGGUUAUGGAGUGGAUUGUGGAACCUAGAUGAUGACCACCACCAGCCUGGUAAUUGCUGCAACAAGAUCGCCAUGCAAAGCCAAGCAGAUACAGCUUAUAAUAAUUCUUUUGGAGGGGAUGCAAGCAACGUGUACUAUGGAGGGUACAUUUUCUAGGGAACCUUAAUUCACUUUAGGGUUGUAUUCUCCAGGAACUUGUUAAUCUGGUUCAUUAAUUAAUUACUAGUUAAAAGUUUAACUAAAUUAGUACUUGGUUUAGAAUUGUGAUAAUGUGCAACAAUGUCUGCAUAAG